AUGGCUGCUCCUGCCCCUGCGGAGCCCCGGCUUAAGCCCACCAAGCCCGAUGAGGAGACCUAUAAGGCCAGUUUGGCCCAGGCUGAGAAGGAGCAUGCUGCAGCCCAAGAGAAGCUGAACCAAAUCAAGGCCAAAUUAGACAACGCCAAGCCCAACAACCAGGACUCUCCGGCUGUCAAGAAGCAGCAGGAACUCCGCGCCGAACUCUCCACUAUCCGCCAGAAGCAGUCGGGCUUCAAGUCCUCCCGCUCCAGCACCCAGGAGAAGAUCAAUGCAUUGGAGUCAACCCUCAAAGCCCGCAUUGCGGAGCAGAACAACUCGCGCGGCAAAAUGUUGUUCAAGAACGUUGACGAGAUCGACCGGGAGAUCGACCGCCUCGAGAAGCAGGUUGACUCCGGCACUCUGCGGUUGGUGGACGAGCGCAAGGCUCUCUCGGACAUCUCGAACCUGCGCAAGCAGCGUAAGGGGUUUGCCGGUCUCGAGGAGGCUCAGAAAGGUAUCAAUGAGCUGAAGGCGCAGAUCGCGGAACUCAAGAAGACCCUGGAUAACCCCGAGGCCAAGGCCCUAAGCGACAAGUACACCGAGAUCCAGAAGGAGCUGGAUGCGAUCAAGGCCGAGCAGGACGGUGCCUACAAGAACCUGAACUCUUUGCGCGACGAGCGCACCAAGCUGCGCAACGACCAGCAGAAGAAGUACGCCGCCAUCCGCGAGCUCAAGGACAACUACUUCAAGGCUCGCCGUGCCUACAAGGAGUACGAGGACGAGGCUUGGCGUGUGCGCCGUGAGCGCCAGAAGGCCGAGCGUGAUGCCUUUGAACGUGAGAAGCGCAAGAAGGUGGCCGACAAGAAGCUCGAGGAGGCUUCCCAACUAGCCUACACCGACGAAAUUCUUACCGCGCAAGGUCUCAUCCGCCAUUUCGAUCCCGCUUACGACGUCUCCGCCCUGGGUCUUGAGGACAAGAAGGACGAGUCCAGCAACUUCCGUGCCAACGUUGGCCGUACCGUUGACGACUCUGGUCUCAAGGGCAUGAAGGUGAUGCGCAAGGUGGACCGCGAGGAGGACUACUUCGUCGGCACUGCCGGGAAGAAGGGCAAGAAGGGCAAGAAGGGUGGUGCUGCCACUGCUGGCACCGAGGCCGGCAAAUUCAACAUGAACGUUGGCAUUAUCGAGGACUUCGCCAAGGUCAAGAUCGACCCGCCCAUGAACCAGUCCGACGUCCCUGCGGCCGUGGAGAAGCUGGCUGCCAAGAUCACGGAGUGGAAGAAGAACCAGGCCAGCAAGACCGAGGAGAACAUCAACAAGGCGAAGGAGGAAAUUGCCCGCCUCGAGGAGGAAGAGGCCAAGGUCGCCGAGACCAACGGUCGCAGCACCGACGCUGCAAAGAAGCCCGCCCAGGCCAACAGUGCCCCCACUGCUGAGGCCGAAUUGGCCCAGGAGCAGGAUGCCGCCGCCGACGCAGCGGAGGAGCUGAAGGCGGCCUCGCUGGAGGACAAGGAAUAG